GGCGAAUCAUGAUCUCGCGAUACGAACAGUUAAUCUCGCGUUAUGAAAGGUACACAAGAACGAGUAUAAGAAAGUAAGAAUGAAUAACUUCUGAAUAAAUCAACACUUCUCCUGAUAAAGUUCGAUUGUCCGGUCUAAUUCUUGAUAAAAUUAUAACUUCGUAGUAUUGGAAGAUAAUCAGAUAAACGAAAUUCACCUUGUGGUUCGUCAAAGCUACUGAUUCGGUAUCAAGAAUCCCUCAUGAUGGCACUAAAAUCAGGCGAGGAACGCCUCAAGGAGAUGGAGGCAGAGAUGGCGCUGUUCGAGCAGGAGGUUUUGGGAGGACCAGUGGCUGUGACUGCAGGAGGCCCUCCAGUAGUAGAGGCUGUUCCAGUGGCUCUGGCUGUGCCAGCUGUACAAGCUUUGCCGGUGGUCCGGCCCAUCAUUGGCACCAACACCUACCAACAGGUUCAGCAGAGCUUGGAGGCUCGAGCUGCAACGUUAGUCGGACCGCCGCCUCCUGCAUUCGUUGGUCCAGCCGUACCUGCAGUGAGGCCUCCGCCAAUGAUGCGGCCGGCGUUUGUUCCACACAUCCUACAAAGGCCAGGGGGACCGAGAGUGCCAAUGAUGCGUGGCCCUCCACCACAAGGUAUGAUGGCACCUCCGCUGCCCCGCCCUCCUCCUCCACCACCAAUGAUGAUGGCACCCCCAAUGGCCGGACCCCCUCAGCACCCUAUGGGUCCCAUUGGACCACCUAUGGGGCCCAUGAACCCGGUUACACCUCAGGUUGACUCGAUGAACCCAAUAGUGGUGACUCCACCUCGGCCAGGGACGCAGGCUCCACCCAAAGUUACCCCCAGCGUAAUACAGGCAGCUCCCACUGUUUAUACAACACCACCCGCCCCCAAGAGACCAGACAUGAGGGCGCAGAGACAAGCACACAUGGAGGAGCUGGCAGCAUCAAUCGCUGAACAGCAGGCAGCUGCAAUGGCAGCUAUAAUGGCAGCUGGACUCCUGGAGGCGAAGAAGGACAGCGUUGCGGACGACAGCGUCAUCGGGCCGAGCAUGCCUGAGCCGGAGCCCGUACACGUAGAGCCCCCAGAGAGCAUCACGGAGGAUAAGAAGAAAGGGAAACAGGAGAAGGUGAAGAAAUGCAUCCGUACAGCCGCAGGCACCACUUGGGAAGACUCGAGCCUCUCAGAGUGGGACUCAGACGACUUCAGGAUAUUCUGUGGAGAUCUGGGUAAUGAGGUGAACGACGAUAUCCUGACACGAGCAUUCAGUCGCUAUCCAUCCUUUCUGAAGGCGAAAGUGGUUCGAGACAAACGCACCGGGAAGACCAAGGGCUACGGUUUCGUCAGCUUCAAGGACCCUAAUGAUUAUGUGCGUGCCAUGAGGGAGAUGAACGGAAAAUAUGUAGGCAGCAGACCCAUCAAACUGCGAAAGAGCACGUGGAAAGACAGGAACCUGGAGAUCGUACGCAAAAAGCAGAAGGAGAAAAAGAAGCUGGGGCUUAGAUAAGGUCUGAGAGGCCGAGUCCAAACUGUAGCGCAAGUGGACGAGUGUUCGCCUCCAUCUCCUGCUGUACACCGACAGCCUCAUGAUGUGAAAGACUGAAAUACACAACUGUGGUAGCAGCGGAUGGGAGUAGAUCAGUAACACUCUUUCCAUAAAGUGUGAAGCUUUGGCUGCAGUGCAGUGGUGGUUCUCAUUUCUGUCACAUUUCACUACCCAGGUCAUUAGAACGCACUGCGCUCAUACCUCCUGUUUUUUCUGUCGAUCCAAGUCUUUUACAAUUGCAUUCAGCAUCGACUUUCAAACUUCUAUAGUACGGUUGUGUGUUUUUAAUCUUGAUUUUUUUGCUUACCCAGUUACCAGAAAUAACCAUCUUGUUCUUCGAUUUUGAUGUUAGGAGCUGGUGAACAAUAAUGCAAAACCUGUGAAUAAACCUCACAUUUUA